AAACGCCUCAGAGCGAUGGCUGCCCUAGGCCGUGCCGACGCACUAGCCGAGCUGACUAGCGCGCGGGGAGUCGAAGAACGCUCUGCAGCCGCAAGGUCGCGGCGACCGAUCCACAACAAACCACACACAGCAGCCGGGGCGCCACUUAACCAAGAUUAUACAACAGCCAUGGAUCGAGGACCAACAUCCAUACAAAGGAUGCCCCCAGAGUUGACACAGAAGAUAUUUUCGUAUUUGCCAGAUGACGACCUUGUCAAUUGCGCUUUCCACGUGUGCAGAAGAUGGAAGGAAAUAGCAACCUGCACCAAACUGUGGGGAACGCGAAAGCUAUGUGUGAGAGACAAAAACCUCGGAUCUCAGCUGUCAGAUCUGCUGUGGAACACUGCCUUGUUGCGUUUCUUCUGCGUCAAGAAAGCGAGCGCUUUUCGCGCCAAGUACAGCGGUGGGAACCUCGUGGUGAAUAAUGGCCCAGUCAACAGCUCCGCCGACCUCAGUCUGGCCCAGUUCAAGGCGUGUGCCUUCAUGAGUCACGUCAAGAGCGUAAAAAUGGAGGACGACAUCCUCGUCAUGUGUCUAGGUGACCCAGAGGACAGGCCCACUCCCCGCAAGGAGAUCGUAUGCAAGCCAAAGAAUGUUACGGCUCAUAAAUCGUGCAACGUUAAGCCGGAGGAGCACAAGAACUGCCUGUUCGAGGGUUCGGUGAGUGGGUCGAAGGUAGGAGACGUCGUGGUGGUUACCAGACUGGGCCCGCCUGAGCAGAGUGUGUACAAUCCUGGUCCCGCGCCUUCCAAAGCUCCCGAGGUCCCCAAAAAGGACGAAAGCGGCGCGAAAGAGAAGCCGAAGUACUGUGGCUUUGGGGACGAGGCCCUGGCCACGGUGUUCAGCUGCUGUCCCGCAUUGGAGAGCCUCGACCUGUGGGGACUGCAGCUGUCGGACAACACGCUGCAGCUGCUGGCGCUCUGCAGGCAGCUAACGGCCUUCAGGCUGGCCAAGUGCACCGGAGUGACGUCACUGGGUUCGCUGGCGCGCUGCAGAAAGCUGUCCCACUUGACUGUGGACACCUGCCCAGACCUCGGGGCUGCCGCGCUGCGGCAGCUCGCCCAGAUGGCCAGCCUCGAGUCCAUCGAGCUGUACGAGUGCGACAUGUCUGGCUUCCCGUUCGCGCAGAUCGUUCCUGGCCUGCCACUGCUCUCCAGCAUCACCAUCGUCAACUGCAAAGGUUUCAGCCAGAAGGAUCUGUCCCUCUUCGACAGAGAAGACUUGGACCUUACCAUAGAGUUUGCGCAGAAUGCAGUAGAUCCUUAGAUUCUAUCAUGUGCACGAAACACUGCAUAAUGUAAGUGAGUUGAGGCUAAUAACACACACUGAGUCUGCAGUGUCUCAUUUCAUUUUUCUGGUGUUCUUGAGUGCGUUAAUGGGCUUGGACUCACCGCCUGACCUUUUCGGCUGUGAUUGUAUUAGUGGUGGCCACGAGAACUACAAGGAGUCGAGAACUCUAUUUUCGAUCAUUUAAGGGACUCAAAGGCACGGUCCUGAACCGAAAACCUUAACGAGUACAACCUCGCUGCAAGUUCUCAGUUCUCAGAUGUGUAAUAAGCCACUGUGCAGGGAAAAUAAUGGUAUUAUUUUUUGUGUUGCUAAAGAGAUUAAAACAUUUUGAGUACCUAGCCCUAGACUUCAACUAAAAACUAAAUUACUUCAUUAGUUUCAAAUGAAGCAAUAUGGUUCCAGAGACCUUUUCAUGCCUCAGACAUCUGUGAUGUAUAUACGCAGACUGAAGGACGAAUGAAAAUUUCUAUCAAGUCCUGGAUUCGUAUCUGGGUUUUCUGCUCACUUGGCAAAUGCGCUGAUCACUACAUCACCUUAGUACAAUCGCUUUGCACUACUGCACAGACUAACUUGGCACACCUCCCUUCACAAUCUAGGUGGGCUGAGGCAUGAAUGCGAAUGUCGAUUGAGAAGGGAGGCAUGAAUACUCUGUACAGUUUUGCAAAUCCCCUGAACCAGUGAGGCGUAGUGACUAGCGCAUCAGACCUGUGAGCAGGAGACCUCGGUUCGAAUCCCAGUAUUGGUACAAAUUUUCAUUCAUCUCUUGGUCUGCAUAUACACAUUUAGUAUUUUCGUCAGAUUUGUUUCCCAAAUAUUGUAUCCUCUAGUAUUUCCAUAAAAAUUUUUAAAAAUUAAUGGAGUAAUUCUUAGCGAAAUUCCUUAGGGAAAUGUUAAUGGAAAAUAAAAAGUUUACAGAGUC